GACUAGCCCCUUCUGCGUCAGUCGGUUUCAGUUGGCUCGCGCGUGCGGACGAACGACCGUUCUCGCGGGGUCUGUCGAGUCGAGGUGCGCGCGUGUGUGUGAGUGCGCGUGUGCGCGUGGUCGCUCCUCGUUGAUGCUCGGCCGCGUCACCGUCGCAGCAUCAAUCUGAUUCCGCGGGACCUCGUCGUCGGAUAAGAGCGGACGAAGUGCGCGGCCUCGGGAAAGCGCGGAGCGACACGGCCACGACGCCGGAUUCUCCCGUCGCGCCCGGCAUCCCUUCGCGCUCAAUAAUGAGGGACAUGGCAGGCAAGAUCGCCGAGCUAAAGUUCGAGGCACCCCUCGCGCGCUUCGAGGAGGAGGACACUGCCAGUCUCAAGAACAUGAAUCUCCUGACAGAGCAAUUAUUGGACGCGAGCCUGGACGCGAGUUUCGGGGAGAAUUGUAACGCAAACGAGCCGCCGACGACGCACGAGAGCGGCACCGACAUCCUCCAGGAAGGCACGUUUAGCCCAUUCAGCGGCAGCCUCGAGGACCUCGUCAACACGUUCGAUGAGAAGAUUACGUCUUGCUUCCGCGAUUACGGCACCGACGUGGAAUCGCUGGCGCCGGUGCAGGUGCGAACGCAGGAGGAGAUUAUGAAUGAGUGCCAGAUGUGGUGGACGAUCACCGGAACUUUCGGCAACAUAUUGCCGAUCGACUGGAGCAAAUCCUACGCCAGGAAGAUGCACAUGCCCGCUUUGAACCUGAACGAAGUACCCGUUCCAACGGAGAGACCCGAGCUAGAAGAUUUAAGUAGCGAAGACGAGGCGGUUGCGACAGAUCUGGACAUGCAUGCUUUGAUCUUAUCCAGCAGCACCGACACGCACAGUCCGGAGGAGCCGCUGAAGACCGCCGAGGAGGUCCUCCGUGAGAUAGAUGACAUAAUGCAGGAAAGUCCGUCGAUGGAAAGAUCACCGGACUCCGAGGGUUCUAUGCUCGACAGCGACGAGGCCCUGGAAAGAAGUAGAGAGGUGCUUGGAUCACCGCUUCACGAAAAGAAACUGAAGCAACUCUCCUCCAGCCAGCUGACCGAACUGUUUGGCGAGAUGGAGUCGUUGGUCGCGGCGUUGAGCGAAACGCUGAUCGCCGAGCUCGCGCUCAGGGACGAGCUGGAAUACGAGAAGGAGCUGAAGAACCAGUUCAUCUCGUUAUUGUUGGCCGUGCAGAAUCGACGCAGGCAGCAUCACGUCACGAAGAAGAGGACUCAAAUGCAGAGCGGCACCAGUCCCCUGCCGCAACACAGGUCCCUGCAGGAGCCAAAGUACCUGACGACUGUUAUUCCAUAUCAUACAGACAGCGGUCCGCCAGACAAUCAAGCCUUGCAAGUACUCAUCAAAAUAUUGAAGGCCAUUAGCGAGGACAGCCCAGCAGUGCCGACUUUGCUGACAGAUUAUAUACUCAAGGUGUUAUGUCCGACUUAGGAAAAGGAUGCACCUUGAAAAGAAACGCUAAACGGACGUCAGCGAAAUACAAUGCGCUCUUCUUCUUGCCAGUACGCUUUCAGCCGUCGUUGUGCCGCAUCGUCACUGCGUUAAGACAACUAGCUUACCAGUUGUUACUCGAACCACACUCGAUCUGUAUCGGCUGUAGAGAUAGAUAAGGUUUCUCUCCGAUAUCCUCUAUCUAGUCUUAUAAUUUAUAUACUUACGAUUACAAUUAUAAUUACGAUGUGUACAUGAUAUAAUAUUUUACUUGCUUAGGGUAUCGUACAAGUAUAUUUUUCAUAACUCGCGUAUGUAAGCGUAUACGUUAUUAUAUUGACUCGCGUGAAUUCGUACGUCUCAUUCUCCCGCAAUCUUCAUAUCUCGUGUAUAAUUAUAUCCCGACACGAUUCACACCCUCGCUUCUUCGGUUUCGCAUCCUCUCGCGUAAAACGUAAAAAGUUCGAGGGAAAGCUUUUUUCUUAUGUGCGAGCUCCUUGUCGAGGAUUUCGUGAACCGCUACUACUUUAGCAAAUAAAUCAGUUUCUCCACGUAAGGAAUUCGGAUUAAUGUAAAUUGUUGUAAACGCUAGCAGCUAGAGAUCUUCUCCAUCGGUCACGCGCAAACGUUGAAAAACCUCGCAGUAUCAGUCAGGUUGAAGUUACUCGCUCCACCGAUAAUACGAUAAUUGUAUAAUUGUUCUCACGCAAUGCGCAAAAGACUCGGACGACACUGUGUGUGUUUGUAAAGACGUUUGAGAAAUAAAUUGAACAACCUCACUGCUCUCUGCUCUCGGA